UUUCCCGCCAGUGGAUACUUCCUGUUUUGGUUCGCGGUUGCCACGUUCGACUCAAAGUAUCCCACAAUCACCGUAGUUGACGGUUCGUGUUAGAUUCCAAUGGACAGUAUAAUACAUACAAUAAUGUGACAUAUGUUUUUAUAUAACGUGAAAAUAAUUUAACAAAACGCUAUAUCCGUAUAAGCGUGCGACAGUUUAGUGGGGAAAUGUGUUUUUUACAGAAAUGCCAACCCCGUUUAGAAAACACACCCACAUACUGGGUUGCCAGGUUCGCAAACUACGAAGGACUUUGGUUUGCUCGUGCAUACCUUUGAAAAUUACUGUUUCUUUGAACAGUGUGGUGGACUGAAGUUUGUCAGCUGUAGGACAGCGUUUCAGAAUUGCCGUGAGUUAGUCAGUUAACAAACUAACAUUGGCAGCAUUCAACCUUUAAAAAAGUACGUAAUCGCUUACGCUUUCGUUCGGGCCAGUGGCGCAAUGGAUAACGCGUCUGACUACGGAUCAGAAGAUUCUAGGUUCGACUCCUGGCUGGCUCGACUGCAUUUUCUCCCUGAGAAGGGCAGCACGAUCAAUGUGUCCAUUUGUAAUUUAUCGAAGUUUAAUUCAAAUGAAUGUGUCCUUAAUUUUUCUCCUUUCUGAUAACUGUAAAAACGCUGAGUAUUACCAGCGAACGAAAGCUGCUGUGGGUUCGAGAUUCCAGCUAAUGCUGUGAUUUAUUCCUGUGAAAUACACAGAGAUCAUUAUUCCCGGUGGUCUAAAUGAAAGAAGUAACUAUCAUAAUAAACCGCUAAAGAGGCUUAAUACAUGAAAGACAAAAAAAAAAAAAACAAUACCGCCGUCACUGCUAUGAAGCUGCUUUAACUUACUUAAGGAUUAUUAUGUCAAAUGGGGAAAAAGAUGAACUGAACUAAACUCUUUGUACGAAACUUCUGGUUGUGCAUUUCUAUCUGCUAUUGUACUAAAAGUGCUCACUGCUUGUUGCGCAUGCGCAGUUGUCCAUACUGUUACUGUUUGGAUAGGUAUUGCACAAUGAGGCUGGUUUACCAGCAGGGUAAAAUGGGCAGAUAGAAAAGCAAAGCAAAAACAAUGAGCUGCCAGCUAGAGCUGCAGAAUGGGGUACUGAUUGGAAAUUUACUAAGUACAUUAACUGUACAGAAGUUGAAUUUUGAGGCUCUGCGGAGUGGGUCAGUCGCGAAGGUGCCGGAGGCGACAGCGGCAUAACCAGCAGGGUCAGGGUAGCGAUUCCGACAUGGACGACGAAGAAGGGGAGCGGAUCGUGGGCCAGAGGCAAGGCGACGUCUGCGGCGGCGACGGCCCGGAAAGCGGCGUCGCCACUGCAGGGCCGAGUGACGCUUGCGAAUAUGGCAGCGGUGCUGUCAACAGAGGAGGCUUUCUGAACCGUACAACCACGGGACCUCCACACCCGCAGUCAUUAGCGGAAUUACCGCCGGAGCUCUUGGUGGAGAUAUUCUCCCUGCUCCCCGGGACGGUGCUACCAAACGUGGCCCUCGUCUGCAAGAAAUUCAGACAAAUCCUCAACACUGAGACCAUCUGGAGAAGGCGGUGCAUCGAAGAGUUUGGUAUGAAGGAGGAUCUGAGGAAGAUGGAAGUGGGCGGGGUAUCUAGCCAGGAUCUCUAUGUUAAACGUGUCAACCCACGGGUGAAGUCUGGGCGCUUUAUGAAGCUCCUCCCGGACUACGAGCACAUGGACUAUAGAGACGUGUACACACACUUGCUUCACCCAUAUAGACAUAUCUUGGGCUUAUGGCAGCCUGACAUAGGCCCUUACGGCGGAUUGCUCAACGUUGUGGUGGAUGGGCUCUUCAUCAUUGGCUGGAUGUAUUUGCCACCUCAUGACCCCCGUGUCGAGGAUCCCAUGAGAAAACGGCCACUAUUCCGCAUCCACAUGUGGGAGAGCAAAAAGGCCACUGUGGAGUGUAUGUACGGACACAAGGGUCCCCACAAAGGAGACAUACAGACCGUCAAGAAGGACGAAUUUUCAACUAAAUGUAACCAGACUGAUCAUCACCGCAUGCCAGGAGGCAGACAGGAGGAGUUCAGGACAUGGUUGGAGGAAGAAUGGGGUCGCACGCUGGAAGAAAUCUUCCAUGAACACAUGCAGGAGCUCAUCCUGAUGAAGUUCAUUUAUACUAGUCAAUAUGAUAACUGCUUGACAUACCGGAGGAUCUAUCUUCCUCCUGCGAUGCCCUCUGAUCUGCUGCAGCCAGGCCUCUUCAAAGGUACCUAUGGCAGUCACGGCUUGGAGAUCGUCAUGCUCAGUUUCCACGGUACUUCCACAAGAGCCACCAAGCUCACUGGAGACCCCAAUGUUCCUGCAGGGCAACUCACUUUGGAUGUAGAUCUGAGCCGGCCCGUGGUCCUCCCUGACUUAGAGCACCAGCGCCAAAUAGAGGAACUGUCUCGGCUUGUACUUGGGGUACAUGAAGAAGUGCAGAGGGAAGUCGAACAACGGGCCAAGGGCACCUCUGACACAGUCAGUAGUGUUGCAGAGGGGGGCUGUGGUGGUGCCACUGGAGCAGAUGGGCUGGAGGUAGACCAUGGUACCUGUUCAGACAGCUGUCAGCCUGGCCCCAGCAGCAGCACCAAUCCUCCUGAAGCCCAGCCAUUCGUUCUGCCCCUGGGGGUUAUGGCUCGCAACGAGGUGUACCCUCGUACCUGCAGGAAAUGCUUCUAUGGGACAGGCCUGAUUGCUGGGCACGGUUUUACAAGUCCAGAGCGCACCCCGGGGCUCUUUGUGCUGUUUGAUGAGGACCGCUUUGGUUUCAUCUGGCUGGAGUUGAAGUCUUUCAGUCUGUACAGUCGCCUGACGGACCAUCUAGCCCACGCUCACGCCCCAAACAUGGAGCGAUUUGAGGCCAUGCUGCACAACAUGCAGUCCUGGACAUCCUGAUGCACCAAGCUUUAAGUCUUCUCCCACAAUACAAUGCAUAACAGCAACCAUUACACACGAAUCACCUCUGUCCUCUACCGACAACAUUACUAUCAUGUUAGUUCAUGACCUUACCUCUCCUGGCUCUAUCUUUGUGUGUUUCACAAACUUUGGGUACUUUACUGUCUAAUUAAGCUAGUUAUAUCACCCUGACCUAGCACACCCGCGCUCCUGUUCCAAUACAAGCACUUUGACAGGUUUCUGGAGUCAAUGUUUAUCACCUCACCUCUGUAUGACCUCUAUUCUCCAGUGCAGCAUGAUAACAGGUCAUAAAUUUUUAAUUUAUUUAUUUAUUCCCUGUAGGAGAAAAGGAAUGAUAAUUCAUACCACUUAUUAUGGAUCAAACUGUACGUGCCUCUGAUUCUAAAACCAUGUCUGUACUUGGUAGUGCUUGAAGAAGAUGGUGUCCAAUGUAUUCUACUAAAUAGUAUUAUAAUAAUUACAGUGCCCAACAUAUUGAACUGCAUGCUGCAUUUUAUUUAGAUCUAAUCAUACCAUACUCAUAACCAAGAUGUUUUACUUUCAUGAAGCAGCAUGCUUUGCUAAUUAUUUUUUUGUGUUUUUUUGCUUUAGUGACAUCAGAUUUUUGAAAAGACAGCAUCUCAGGUGUUUUUCUCUUUUCCACAAGUCAGUUAAAAACUGGACAAAAUUAUUUAUGUUAACAAAAAAUGUGUGACGUUACAUUCAUUUUAUGAAUUUGUCCAGUAGAAAUAGUGAGUGAGUUUUACAACUUGGCAAUUUUCUAACCAUUGACAAGAAAAGACCUGCUGUCUUAUCAAACACUGUAGCUUCAUCAGCGAGUUUUGGACAGACUGAUAUGUUUUUGUCCUUUGAACUUAAGAGAUAUAUUUUUCAGUGAUACACUUUGGCUCAUGGUCCCACAUCAAACAUUCUUUUAAUGUUACCACACCUGACAAAAUAUUAUGUAAGUUGGAAAGAUGUAUUGCAAUAGAAUAACAUAACCUAUACAUAAGCUGGAUUUAAUCAAAGUAUCAAAAUUAUACAGUUUAUGUGCUUCUAUAAUUAUGGUCUGAAACAGAAACUUGUCUUACCUUUUAAAUGUAUUGCAUUGUUGUUUGUUUAAAUGGCUGACAAAGUGUUUGCUUGGCUUUAUGCCUGCAAAGCUGUUCCCUCCACUUUUCCAAUUUAUUUGAAACUUGAGACCAGGCUUGCUGAACAUUAUACAAACUCAAGCUCAAAGUGCAUCUCAAAGUACCAAGUAAGUGUCUGUAUGUCUCAUUAUGGCCUGAUGGUGGUGCCCAGUAGCUUUCUUAUUCCAAGUGCACUUUUCUGGGCAAUACAGUGAAUCAUUCAAAACCACAGGCCAGCACUUUUAUAUCAGACUGCAGCUUUACUAAAAUUUGCAAAAAAUAAAUAAAUAAAUGUCUGCUAAAGCAUUGUUUAAACUAUGUUGUCACAUUUUAUUAGUUUCCCCUCAAUUUCAGUACACUUGUUUUAUACAUGCUCCUGUCUGUAAGCCCCCUGUACCCAGCUAUUUGAAUGAUUUGCCUUUGAAAAGUGUUGCUUUGUACUAUUUUCAGUAGUAAUACGCCUGAUUUUGUGAAAAACUUAAGUUUGACCUAUUGAACUGCUCACAUCGGACUUCAGGGAGCUUUUCAGCUUAAGCGCUCUUCAGAGUAAUAAAAAUAAAAAACUAAAAGA